UGUCGUGACCCAAUUAGGGUUCGAACCCAUGAUUCCUGUGUUGAGAGGUAGACACCAUAACCACCAGGUCACCGCUCCCCCUAAAAACUCAUUGCAAUAUAUAUUCAAAUGUUCAUUUUGACAUCUAAUACACACCAGCACAUAUCCAUUUAGGUCUUUAAAGUAUAAUCCGAAUUAGGAUUAUCCCGAUUAAGCACUUCGUAAUGUUACGUUUAACUCAACUUUUACACUUUAUAUUGUGACAUUUCUAUUACAACGGUGAAAUAAAGAAAUAGGAUUUUAACUAAAAAUAUAUAGAUCUAUCUACUUUAUUUAGUUAAAAGUUUGCAUAAUAAUCGCAGGGAUUGGAAAAUUGCUUGAUAUGGAGGACGAAGUUUUUGAGACCAAUGGCGUUCAUCCAGUUGACGACUUAUAUUGCAGCAGAAAUCAAUCUUCUACCAGCAGACGAGAAAAUGAUUCUGACGAAAUGAUACAGCCGAAAAUUCGUGCAAAGUCAGCUCGCGAGCUGGUAAAAAACCAAGAGCAUCUAAUAGACUUACUACAAUCUAUGAAAUCAGAUAUAUCAAAAAUGGACAGGGAGGCGAGUAGAAUAAAAGAGGACAUAGUAAGGUCAACGCAACUCUUUCAUGUGAUGGUAAAGAUGAAAAAGGCACACCAUUUGCAGAAUGUAUCCGGCGGAUACAAUAUCAGUUAUUCGUUGCCAAGGGAAAUAUACCAUCGUUAUAAAAGCACGAGCCGAGAUUUAAAUAUACGUUAUUUAGAUCAGCUUUCUACAUACAGACCGAACAGUUGCAGACGAUCAAGUUUGUCGAGUGCUAGCUCCCGAGAUUAUUCAGGAUAUCAAGGCCUGAGACACUCGGCCAGUCUGCCAAACACAAUGAAAGCAGGUCUGACAAGUCAAAAUUCAAAUUCAUCAGACGACAGUAGUUACUCCGGAAAUUCUGCAACUGAAAGUGAAAUAGACUCUGCCAAAACAACACAGCUCUCAGUUACCGGAAGUACGCGCAGCGUUUCGGAAGAUUCAGACACUGAGGAUAACGCCGGAAGUAGCACUGAAUCAGCGAGUACACACGGUCCUACCGAGACAGAACUAAGCCGAAGACGAUCUAGCUAUUUCUUCGCGACAAGACGUUUAAGUCCUGCGCCUGUUCUAUCUGAUGAAGUAGACUUGUGAAACAUUCCAAGGUCCUUGAAGACAAUAUCUAUAAUCAUUUGUGUUGGAUUAAUUAUUCCAUUUGGUUCAAUCGUUGUGUAAGACUUUGUUUUCAUUACCCUGCGUUCGGUCAAAAUAAGACAGAACACGUAGCAUUCUGUGUUUUUGAUCAACCCGGCGUGCAUGAGGCCAAUGUAUUUGACUUGACACGAGACCAAUAUAUUUGACAGAAUAUCUGACCAAUUAUGAAGCCAAUGUAUCUGACCGAUCAAUGGGUCAUAAUGAUCUAACUGGACACUUAUGAAUAUGUUUCAAAAGAACGUGGUCAUGCAAUGACAUGGCCAGUAUAUUUGACCGAUCACGAGGGCAGCACAUCUGAUAUAAUUAUCACUUAGCCAAUAUAUCUGACCGAUCAUGAGACCAGUAUUUCUGACAUACCACGAGGCCAAUAUCGAUCACGAGUAAACCUGACAUAUCAGGAGGCCAAUAUACAAUUAUUGUAUAAAUGUACAAAUGUAUAGUAAUUUUAUUAAAAUAUUAUUCCUGAAAAUUAGCGUGUCUUUGUGCAACUUGUAAUAAAAUGUGUUCGUGUGGUUUGUCCUAGAAUUAUAUCCACAUAAAAACUUAUAUUCCAUUUAUAAAAAUUAAAACGUAAGAUCUUGAAGUUACAAUUGAAGAAUUAAAAGUCUCAAUUCGCAAAUGUGAUUUUUGUUGAUCAAUUUUAAACCAUUAUAAUGUCACAGCGUUUACAGUUUGUUUAAUAUUGAUUAAACAUGAUUUUUGAUUUUUGUUUCAUUUUUAUUGGGAUUAAGAGCGCACCAACACAGUAAGGGUCAUAUGGCAGCUGUACUAGAAGGGGAAGCCCACAAGUGCCCCAAUAUGCAUUAUUUCAUAUAAGCAGGUCCCAAAGUAGAACAACCGACGUUCCGUAAGCUAGCAGGAUAGCUUUUGCAUAUGAAAGAAUUCAAAAUCCCUGGCGGGCAUCGAAUCCACAGCUGUAAGGGGCAAGUGAUUUGAAGUUAUGACCAUGACACCAAAGUUCACGUUUAGCUUGUCUCGACCUUGAUUACGAAAGAAGAUACAGUCAAACUUGCACGAGGUCACCCUUAUUAAAGGUCUCACAAAGCAACAUUACAUUUAAACCACCUAAGUAACCAGUGUAUAUAUUUAAACAAGAGCUGUCCGUAAGACAGCGCGCUCGACUUUUUUAUUGCUUGCCAAUAAAAAAAGUUUUUGCAGUAAAAGGCAAUACAAGAAUCUCUGUAUUUUUAAAGUGAACUAGUUGUUUGAUACCCUUGAAUAUUACAGCAAUGUUUAUAUGACAUAAUUUAUGGUAAAGUGAACAAGUGGAUAGGAAUGAAUUUUUUUAGAUUUUUUAAGUUUUUUAGUGCUUGCCUAUAAUACAAAACAUUGACAGUUAAGGGCCAUAAUUCAAAUAAAAUCU